UCUGAUUGGCGAGAUAAAGUCUUGUUCCCCUUCCUCUCUCUCUCCAGCCGUAAGAGAGAAGGAAAAGGCUCAAGGGGAGAGCCAUGUCGCAUACGGUGUUUCAGAGCGCCGUCGUCGUCGCUCCAAGACCCUCUUUACCAAUCCCUCGCUCAAUCUCAUUUCUACCUUGUAAGCCCCGCCGCGUCAGCUUCGUCAGAGCUUCAUCAUCAUCAUCCUCCUCUUCCCUCAUCGAUUCCGUUGGAGAUUCAGUCUCAGGUCUCGAACGAUGCUUACAGCUUCCCUUUAGCGGUGACUCAGCCCCAUCAUCAUCUUACUCUACUAUCUCAGCUUCUUCUGCAAGUGCUCAGAUGUGUCCAGUGAUGAAAGGUGGCAAGUUCGGGUCCGUAGGAGCUGUUACCUUGGAAAAAGGGAAACUUGAUAUGACCCAGAAGAAAGUCGAGUCUACCCCUGAGAUCGCAACAGGAGGAGGAGGUGGAGACAUUGGGAAGAAAAUCAAUUUCGGUGGUGGAGACGGAGGGGAUGACGAUGGUGAUGAUGAUGAUUACUUUGACGAGUUUGAUGACGACGAUGAUGGAGAUGAAGGUGGACUUUUUAGACGCAGGAUGUUCCUCGCUGAGAUGUUUGAUAGGAAGUUUGUUGAUGCUGUGUUGAACGAGUGGCAAAAGACAAUGUUGGAUUUGCCUGCUGGUCUCCGUCAAGCAUAUGAAAUGGGUUUGGUCAGCUCAGCACAAAUGGUUAAGUUCCUUGCCAUUAAUGCUCGUCCUACAACAACUAGAUUGAUCUCCCGUGCUCUUCCUCAGGGGUUGUCUAGGGCCUUCGUUGGCAGGAUGUUAGCGGAUCCUUCAUUUCUCUACAGACUUGUUUUAGAGCAAGCUGCCACGGUUGGAUGCUCGGUUUGGUGGGAGGUCAAGACCCGUAAGGAUAGAAUAAAAGAGGAAUGGGAUCUUGCACUUAUAAACGUUCUUACCGUAUCAGCAUGCAACGCAGCCGCCGUCUGGUUGUUAGCUCCGAGCCGUUCGUACGGAAACACGUUCCGUUUCGACCUGCAGAACACACUGCAGAAGCUACCGAACAACGUAUUCGAAACGAGCUAUCCUCUCAGAGAGUUCGACUUGCAGAAGAGAGUCCACUCUCUUUUCUACAAGGCCGCAGAGUUGUCUAUCCUUGGAGUCGCCACAGGUGCCUUCCAGGGUUCCUUGUCUAACUUUCUUGCCGGGAAAAAGAAGAAUAGAGUAUCUGUGACAGUCCCAUCAGUCACCACAAACGCUCUUGGUUACGGCGCGUUUCUUGGAUUAUACGCUAACUUGAGGUAUCAGCUGUUAUGUGGGUUUGAGAGAACAAUGAGCAGUCACUUUGAUGUUAUAGGAGUAGCACUCUUCUUUGGGACUGCAGUGAGGAUUAUGAAUGUUCAGUUAGGUGAAAGAUCAAGACAGAUAUGGUUAGGUGUGGAGGCAGACCCGCUGGCUCAGUCAGAUGGUUUUCUGGCAAAAGCAUACAACCGACCCUCCUCAGAGGAAGGAGGUGUAGCAAAGCCAUCUUCGAGAUGGUUCAUCUCAAAGAAUGCAAUAGUCUCAGGGCUGUUUGGUAUGAAGAAGCAACAGGAGGACUCAGGUUCGGAUUCUCCUCCACCUCCAAAGGCUAGGCGGAAGAGGAUUGUAAGGAAGAAGGUGGCUGCUGCUGCAUCUGCUUCAUAAAAUAGCCAAAGGAAACCUCUAUUGAUGUCACUGUUUUGGGAGCUUGUGGAAGAGCGAGCAGCAGUGAAAAAGUUUUGUCACCAGAGGGGAAGUGAGGGGGUGGAGAUUGUGUGAACAAAUUCUAGUAUAUUUUCUUUGUGACAAUCUCUCUGUCUUUUAAGUGGUUCUGAAAAACACAUUUCUAUUUUUUUUAAGGCGUGGUGAUAGUAGUAGCUCCUCUUAACACAACAAACAAAAUGUUAAAGUAUAUAAAAUUGCAACUAAUUUAAGAUUC